AUUCGUCAUCUUUCUUACCUAUCUCACAGCCAAACACCGCCGUCGCAAUGUCGCGCCCCUGCCAGCAACGGCGCGCCAGUGCGGCUGCGAACCGGAAAUCCAAGUCGUCCAAGCCAACCGGACCGCCCCCAAUAAGACACAAAGCACGGCAAAAGGCGAUACACAACGCUCGACGCAGCGAGCGCGGCGGAGCACGUGGAGGGCGUGGUGGAGGCCGCGGAGGAGGCGGAGGAGGCGGAGGAGGAGGAGGAGGAGGAGGAGGAGGAGGAGGAGGAGGCCGUAGUGGUGCAGGACGGGGUGGGCGAGGAGGAGGACGCGGCGGACGUUUUGCGCAGAAAAAUGGCAGGAACGAAUCGGGCCAAGACUUUAUACCUCUAUCCUCUGGUGGGAACAACUUCGAAGCGCUCUACAGGUCCACACGGAACGACGACUUCGAUCUCGACAUGGACGGUGACAGUUCCGACUCAGACGAAUUCGGCGACAACUUAAUCGACGACGACAUGUACGAGACCGAGGAUAUCGAGAUCAACGUACAGGCGCCACUACCCACGACCAGUCGAGGAAGACAACCACGAGCACAGAUAAUGUUUACGGAGGCAGCCGCGGUCGCAGUAUACAGGCAACUCUAUUUGCGCGAUUACCCACUCAGUACCACGACCACUCGAGUGCGCUACGGCCUCUACCAGGAGGACACCUCUGCCGAUUCGGCCGCAUACAUCUCCCUUGCACCAUCUACAGCAUCUCGGCGAUCGAGCGUCAUCAGCAUCAGCAGCGACACAAGUGAAGAGUCCACGGAUGGACCGACAACACCUGAGUACAAUACUGCACGCGACUACGUCUUCACGUUUGGCGUGCACAUGGGCAAGCGGUUCACCGACGUGAACGAAAACUACAUCAAGACGAUCGGUGGUCAGCUAUACAAAUACAUGGACAAGCAUGCGGGCCUUUUGGAGGCAUUCGAGUACCAUAGGCCAGGGCAGGCACGUCUUCGGCCAGCCCAGACUGAACCCCAAGAGACACACGCUCAGCUAUCACAACCUCGACAGCCUCCUCCACGGAACGCACAAGCCUCUCGGUCGAAUGCUCCUUCGGCAUCAGACACGUGGAGAUUCACCAAAGGGAUUCACCUAGGAAAGCGACUACAUGACGUACCUGAAAACUACCUACGAACGCUAGAGGGCAAUCCCCUGGUCAGAGAUGCCUGGCCUGGUUUCAAGCAAGCACUCCAGGACUUCAAUGCCAAGACUGGUAGAAAAGGUCGGGUUUGAUCACACGAUGGCCGUAAAAUAGCUGCCACCACGUGGUUGCGCCUUCUACGAGCGUUUGUUGGUGGUCCAAGCGGCAAUUUUGGGACUCACCUCAUCUGGGCGACCUACAACUUGCAGA